GAAGGGAGGGGUGGAACGGGGAGCCGGAGACGGUUCCAACGGCCGGGCCGGGCGGAGGACGGAGGAGCCGGCCGGCCCGGAAGCCGUUAGCCAUGUUCGCCCUCGGACCUCGUAGCCCCCGGGGCGACGAGGCGGACGGCGGGGACAAGCUGGCGGACGCGGCGCGGCUGCACGAGGGGGACCAAGCGGCGGGGGCGGUCGGGAUGCCUUCCUCCUCCUCCUCCUCGUCGUCGUCCUCCUCCUCCUCCUCUUCCUCUCCUCCUCCUUCCCCGCGGGCCGGGGCGGCGGGCCGGCCGGGGUCCGGGGGCGGGGCCCUGUUCUGGUGGCUGAGGGAACGCCGCCUGGGCCGGGGGCUCUACGUGGACCCGGCCCGGGACAACUUCCGCGCCAUGACCAGCCUCUACAGCUCCAUCCAGCCCGCCGACUCGGUCUAUCUCAGCACCCGCACCCACGGGGCCGUCUUCAACCUGGAGUAUUCGCCCGACGGGUCAGUGCUUACUGUUGCUUGUGAACAGACUGAAGUUCUACUUUUUGACCCCAUAUCUUCAAAGCACAUCAAAACACUUUCUGAAGCUCAUGAGGAUUGUGUAAAUAAUAUCAGAUUUCUUGAUAAUAGAUUGUUUGCGACUUGCUCUGACGACACCACGAUCGCACUUUGGGACCUGAGAAAAUUAAACACAAAAGUAUGCACUUUACAUGGGCAUACUAGCUGGGUGAAGAACAUUGAAUAUGAUACCAAUACGAGACUGUUAGUAACAUCGGGAUUUGAUGGAAAUGUCAUCAUCUGGGACACUAACAGGUGCACAGAAGAAGGCUGUCCACAUAAGAAGUUUUUCCACACACGUUUUCUCAUGCGAAUGCGGUUAACGCCAGACUGUUCUAAAAUGCUGAUCUCCACGUCCUCUGGAUAUCUCUUGAUUCUGCAUGAUCUUGAUUUAACUAAGUCUUUAGAGGUUGGCAGCUAUCCCAUUUUGAGAGCAAGGAGAACUGCAUCAGGCUCAGAUAUGUCCUCUUCUCCAAGUUCAUCUGGACCUAGAGCUUCUGGCUCACCGUGCCACCUUAGCGAUUCCAAUCCGUUGUGCGAGAAACACACGACACGCACCUCUCAACGAGAAGGCGCGUCUCCUCGAAACAGUCUUGAAGUUUUAACACCAGAGGUUCCUGGUGAGCGAGACCGCGGUAACUGCAUUACGUCAUUACAGCUCCACCCAAAAGGAUGGGCAACGCUUCUCCGUUGUUCAAGUAAUACUGAUGAUCAGGAGUGGACUUGUGUCUACGAAUUUCAAGAAGGAGGCCCAGUGCGACCCGUCUCGCCCCGUUGUUCUCUGCGACUGACUCAUUACAUCGAAGAAGCCAACGUAGGCAGAGGUUACAUCAAAGAACUGUGCUUCAGCCCCGACGGCCGGAUGAUUUCAUCCCCACAUGGCUACGGGAUCCGCCUGUUGGGUUUUGACGUCCAGUGCAGUGAACUUGUUGACUGUUUGCCCAAAGAAGCCGGUCUCUUGCAAGAAAUCCGCUCCCUCUAUUCUCACAACGAUGUGGUUCUGACAACCAAGUUUUCUCCCACACACUGUCAGAUCGCCUCAGGGUGCCUUAGCGGGCGCGUUUCUUUGUAUCAGCCAAAGUUUUAGGCACUCUGGAACCGCAGAAGGGAAAUGGACCCUCAGUGAUGUUAAAAAUGUUUUCUUUCUGAGCGUUCUUAGAAACUUAGCUAUUUUGGGUCCAUGAACAACGUGUUGCCAGUACUCAGACUAGAACCUUUAUGUGUUUUGACGCCGCAGCUACGAGUCAGAUUCUACCGUGUCCUUUUCAGCAUUCCUCUGCUCCUGCGCUGUGUGUCCAGUUCUUCUGGUUAUGUUGCAUGUAACGAUCGUCAGCUUUUUUUCAGUGAGACUCUGUGGACUUUGAGCAGGAAGUUUUGUUGAUGGCAGAGGAGAAUGACAACACUAAUACUGAAUAAAAAAACCCAAAUUUUA